CACUCAUCGUCUUCAGAACCAACCUCCACUAUCUCACUUCUUUGAAGAUUUUCUGGUUGGCUGACACUCGAUACUCUACCUUCCUGCACAUUAUUAGAACCAAGUUUUUAAAGUCUCUCUCCAUGUUCUAUCUUAAGAUCUGUAUACGUUUUCUCUCUUCUAACGAGAUUAUCUCCGGGGCUUCUCCCUGUUAAUCCUGCUUCUUGAUGGAAAUCCUCUCUUAUGCUGGUGAUCUUGAGAUGGGCUAAGAGGAAAACUUGCAGUCUCUGAUAGGGAAGAAGAUCUUGAUCUCUUCAUUGAUCUUCUUCUUCCCCUAAACGCUUCUUCUGCAAGAAGCUUCUCUAAUGAAGAUGUCAUUUCUGCUGGUACUAGAAUCCCUAGCUCGGAAAGGGAAAAGCAGAUCACUUUGUUUAUGUCCAGAAAGAACAGACAUAAAAUGGGAAUGUAAGGAAGAGCGACUAAAGAAAAAGCAAACGAGAAAGAAACUGCCUUCAAGUCACCUUUUCAUUAUGUUCUUUCUACUUAGAUAUUUUCUUAUUUUACAUUCAUUACAAUCAGUCUUUACAUUUAAAAUCCUAUAAAAAUACCACCUAAAGAACAUUCCCUUAAAACCCAUCUCAAGAUAGAGAGGAUUUCCAUCAAGAAGUAGGAUUAACAGGGAGGAGGCCCAGAGAUAAUCUAGUUAGAUGAGAGAAAACGUAUGCAGAUCUUAAGAUAGAAAAUGGGGAAAGACUUAAAAAACUUGGUCCCAAUGAUGUGCAGGAAGGUAGAGUAUCAAUUGCCAACCAACCAGAAGAUUUUCAAGGAAAUGAGAUAGGGGAGGUCGGUUCAUUUUUUACCAAUUUUUUUUAUAUCAAAUUGUGACAGUUGAAACCGUUGAAGAUUACAAAUGAUGACGUUGAACUUUAAGCCUGCAAAUCAAUACAAAAUCUUCUUAUCGCUAUAAUCAUAAUUUAAUUAUAAUUUCCAACUCUCCAUUUUCACUAAUUCGCAUAUACUCUUAUCUUGUCACCUUCUGUUUGUCAUUCUUCAUCACCAAAGCAAUUCCAUUGUUGCCUGCUGUAUGCUUCUCCUUCUUUAUCGCUCAGUCUUCUCUCUUUCCCCAUUUGUUUUUUCCUCUGUUUUGAAGUCCUCUAGAAACAAAACCCUUCCCCUCUUAUGGCUUUUCCUCACCCGGCAUCUAUUUUAUUUCCCAACUCUUUCCUCAUUAGAUUCUUCGCUAUUCCUCGAAUCUACUUGUUACCCAGUUCUCCUCAUCGAAAACCCAGGUUGUAUUCUCAGAUUUCGAGACUGGGUGAUUGACUUUGAUGAUUCUCGGUCAAAUUUGUUCGAAGAGAGGAGAUUCAAAAGCUAGGGGUUCUAGUACGAGCAGAAAUGGCUUCUUCAUUAGAGAAGCUUCUUGCAGAAGAAGGGUUUAAGGGAAGAAGAUCAAUGAGGAGAUCAAGAUCUUCUUUCCUGUCAGAGACUGCAAGUGUGCCUCUUAGCCCAUCUCAACAUCAGCAUAAGAGAGGAUUUCCAUCAAAAAGUAUGAUUAAGACAGAGAGGACAAGGUCUGACAUGUCUCGGUUUGCUUUUAAUGAUGAACUGCCAAGAAGUCACAGUGUAAGAGGGAGAAGACCCAGAGAUAAUCCUGUUAGAAGAGAGAAAAAGUAUGCAGGUCUUACGAUAGAAAAUGGGAAAAGACUUGAAAAACUUUAUUCUAAUGAUGUGCAGGAAGAUAGCGUAUCAAGCGUCAACCAACCAGAAGAUCUUCAAGGAAAUGAGAUAGUGGAGGUUGGUUCUGAAGAGGAUGAAGGUUUUAAAGAUAUUUUUUCUGAUGAAGUACAUGGUUCAACGAGCAGAGAAAGUUAUUUUACAGAUAUUGGAGAUAAAGAAGGAUACAGAGAAAGUUAUGGAAAUGGUACAGAAGUUAAGAAAAAAGCAGGAAAACGGUUCUAGCAAACACCCACUUGGAAGUACAAGUUCUGAUGACAAGAAUCGAAGAAGCAUGAAACAGCCUGAUAGUGCUGAUGAUAAAACCACUGGAGGUUCAUGGAAGAAUAAAAGCUUCAAGGAUGAUCAGAAUCAAGAGCAUAGCAAGUUUGUACAAACAGUUUCUGAACCUGCUCUUGAUGAAGUUGCAGUUCACGCCAUGAUAUCCAUUUUAAGUGGUCAUAUUAAAUGUUUUUUCAAAGAUAAGGAUUUCAGAACCAAUCUUCAUCGCAAUUGUAUCUCUUCUCUUAAGUUUAACAGUCUUGAAGACCAAAAUGUUGAGAGCAAAGUCAUGGCAAACCUUGUAGAAGCCAUAGCCACGAUAGAAGCUGCUACUGAGCAGGCUAUUGGUAUCAGAGAACUAAAGAAAGCUUCACGGCAGCUUACUGUGAUUACUGGCUUGAGUUCAAAUGAUUUGAAGGACAGGUUCACAUCUGGGAUUCCCAAUUUUAUGUUGUCAGCUUGUGCUCAUCUUUACCUCAGUGUGAUCUAUAAGCUACAAAAGAAGGAUAGCAUGUCAGCUAAACAUCUUUUGCAGGUGUUUUGUGAUUCUCCAUUUCAGGCACGUGAAUUAUUGUUGCCUGAACUUUGGGACUUUUUAUUUUUUCCGCAUCUUUCACAUUUGAAGGAAUGGUAUGAUCAAGAGGUUACUUCACUAGUUGAUGCACCAGGAAGGUUGAGGAAGUUGAAGCUUCUUGAGAAAGUCUAUAAUGAAAUUCUGGACAGUGGUACUUCCCAAUUUGCACUUUACUACCGGGAUUGGCUGACAGGUCGAGUCAAGGCCCCUUCCGUUCCUUCUAUACAGGUUCCUCCUGUACCUUUCCAGAGACUUCAGAAGGGAGGUUCCUUUUCUCAUUCUUCAGAGGUAGCUAGCCCCUCUGGUCCGUUCUCACCUCAGCCAAUGGUCAGUAGGAAAUUGUAUGAUGCCGUAUUUGGUCGGCCAUCUAAACCUGAAGUUGAUACUGCUGAAUACAAUAUGGAAGCCAAUGACUUUGAAGAUUAUGUGCAGAGCUCUGAUGGAUCUGCUGAACUUAAACAUCCAAUAAGUUACUAUUCUAAGAUGGUUGACCAUCUUGAUCUAGAACUUGAAGAAGGCUCCUAUAAGAGUGCAUGUGAUUGUGAAUUUGUGUCUGAAGAUAGACUCUCAUUGAAAACUGAGGAGGACUUGAAGUUGAUUGCAGCAAGGGUAACAUGUGAAAGACAUAUUGAUGAUGCUAGCGAUAGCUCCAACACACAGCAAAAAUCUGCUAACAGUCUCCAUAUUCUGCAUCCAUCACCCUACCUAAAAGAAAAAGAGCCUUCACUCAAGAGUGAAGUGCAGCAGACAGAGGGAUCUGUUGCUGUCACCCUUUACAAUGAGGUGCUGACAUACAAUCCUCUAUUAAAACCUACAAAUAGGAGUUGUUCUUUUGAAGAGCUGCAUGGAAACUGCAAAGGCUUUGACGAAGGAUCCUUUUUCUCAAACAUUCCAAAAGAUUUUAUUUGUCCUCUAACUGGAAAGUUGUUAGAAGAUCCAGUUACCUUAGAGACAGGCCAAACCUUUGAGCAAGCAGCAAUCAAGGAAUGGAUUGAUCAGGGAAACAGGACAUGUCCAGCAACAGGAAAAAGAUUGGAAUAUUUAUCUGUGCCAGUUACAAACUUCAUUUUGAAGCGUGUUAUUGAUAAUUGGAAAUCAGAAAACCGUAGACAUCUUUUGGAUUUUGCCUCCCAACUGAUGGGAAAUUCUCUCGGAUGUGGACUGACACAAAGUGACAAUUCAUCUAUUUUCAUACUAGAGCAGCUUCUUACUGCUUUCAGCAAGGAGGAAAGAAUAGCAAAUAUCCAACACUUCCUCUCCAUUGGAGGUUUGCAUUAUCUUAUUAGAAGGCUUGAACUUGGAAAUUUAGAGGAAAAAACACGAGUAGCAGCACUUUUGUCCUAUUGUAUUGAAGCAGAUACUGGUUGCAGAAACCAGAUAGUAGGAAGUAUCAAUAUACAGUCUUUGCUUAAGCUCCUACACGGUAAACAAGCUAAGUCAAGAAGGAAUGCAGUUAUGUUGCUGAUUGAACUGAUUUGCAUGAGCAGGAGGAAAGAUGUCUCAUUAAUUUUAAGCGGGCUAGAGUAUGGAGAGAUGAUGAAGACAAUGCACGUGUUACUCCUUUAUCUCAAGAGUUCUUCACCUGUGCAAAGACCCUUUGUUGCCGUCCUUCUCCUACACUUCGACCUUUUGUCACAGACAGAGCCACGAAAAUGCAGCAUAUAUAGGGAGGAAGCUGUUGAUGCCAUUGCAGUUGCCUUGGAUAUGAGUAUAGUUGAUAAGAAGGUCCGACAAAAUUGCUGCCAAGCAUUACUUAUCCUGGGAGGACAUUUUUCUUCCUCUGGCAUUUUAUUGACUGAUAAAUGGAUCCUGGAGAAAGCAGGGUUCAGCAGUAAAAAAUAUCUUGAUGGUGGAGAUAACUUAGUAGCCAAUAACACUAUUUCAUUGGUUGACGAGGAACAAGCUGGUGAAACAUGGUUGAGGAAGGUGUCAAUAUCAUUACUUGGCAGUGGGAAGCAAUCAUUUACAGGAUCCAUUUGCUUAUGUUUAGGCUCUGCAAACAUAGAUCUCAUAAGAGUUUGUCUUGUCACCAUUGCUUGGUUGAGUCAUGCACUUUCUUCCAUAUCUGAUUCUGAGUUCCAGCUCCCUGCCUUCUCAAAGCUUAUCUCUCAGCUGAAAGAAACUCUGAAACAUGGACAGCAGGUUGAGGACAGAGUUCUUGCUUCAAUGUGUUUACUCAACUUCAGCCAAAUACCAGAAUGCAGGGUGUUGUUGACAAUAAUUGCAAAAGAAAUUGCAGAUUCUCUACGAGCCCUUGCUGAAGUAACAUGGACUUCCAGAAAACUAUACGCAGUUCUUUCUGGGGAAGAACUUUGAUUUGAAAAUAAAAAAUGCUUCAAAAAUUUACCAUGCCUCAGAGGUACAGAGGGUUUCUCUUUUGAAAUGGAUAUCUGCUAUUCCAGAGAUGGUCGAAAGUAAAAUCAGCGCCGUCCAUAGAUGUUAUGCUCAUUGUAAUCAACAUCUUGAUGACAGUUAUUUUAUUCUGAAACUCCUUUUUUUUUUUGGUUUUGAUAUCUGUAAAUUGAGUUAGUAACAGUUGUAAGAAAUCCUGCACAGAAGUAA